AUGGCUCCUUCACUCUCCGAUCCGGUUGACCUCCCCUGUGGACUUCGAUUACCCAAUCGCUUGGUAAAGGCCGCCCUUGGGGAAGGACUCGCCACAUCGUCCCACCAGCCUAACCUCAAGUUCUUCGAGGCCUACGGCCAAUGGGGCGCUGGGGGCUGGGGUGGUAUCCUCACCGGAAAUGUAAUGGUUGAUGAGCGCCAUUGCGGCAGUUCAACUGAUGUCCUUUUCGAAGCAGAUCCCUUUAAACGCCCGGACGAGGCGUGGGAGGCGUAUGCCGAAGCUGCUCAGUCACAUGGCACCCCUGGGUUCGUACAGAUCAAUCAUCCGGGACGACAGUCGCCGGUCAUGGGCGGUAGAAAAUGGUUCUGGACAAAAAAUAUGGCGCCCAGUGCCGUACCGCUGAACGUGGGGUCCGGGCUGCUGGCCUGGUUCCUCAGCGCUGCGAUCUGGGGCACGCCGAGGGAGAUGACCAUCGAAGAAAUCCGGACGACUACCCAGCUAUUUACAGACGCCGCAUGCUAUGUUGUGGAAAGGGGAUUCAAAGGCGUUCAGAUCCAUGGUGCCCAUGGCUUCCUACUCGCGCAGUUCCUGUCGUCGAAGUCAAAUCGACGAACGGACGAGUAUGGCGGUACUCCGCUGAAGCGUGCCCGGUUUGCCGUAGAGGUCACGAGAGCAAUCAGACAGGCCGUGCCGGCGGACGUCGCAGUCGGGAUCAAAUUCAACAGCGUCGAUCAUCAACAGGAAGAGUCAUUACACGAUGCCAUCGAACAAAUUCGGGCCAUCGUGGACGCCGGAAUCGACUUCCUCGAGAUCAGCGGCGGAACUUACGAGGAUCCCCAGAUGUUACACGCGCGGUCUGCCGCCAACAUUCAGAGCACCAAAUCCUCCGCCCGCGAAGCCCAUUUCCUCGACUUCGCCCGGGAAAUCCGCCGAUCAUUCCCGAACCUCACGCUGAUGCUCACCGGCGGAUUCCGCACCCGCGCCGGCAUGGAAGCCGCCCUGGCUGACGGGGCGUGCGACCUCAUCGGUGUGGGGCGGCCGGCCGUCGUCAACCCGGCAUGGCCAAAAGAGGUGUUGUUGAACGAGAACAUGGGCAACGAGGAGGCGCAGUUGUUGCUGAAUCCGGUCAAUAUUCCGAGUUUCGCGAAGAAAUUAGGGUUGAAUUUCGUGGCCGCGGGGUCGGAGACGGUUUACUAUGUCAUGCAGAUAGCAAGGAUAGCGAAAGGGCUUCGGCCAAUGGCACCCUGA